AUGGAGGGGGACGAGCAAGCGGAGGCGGCGCGCCGCGCCAAGGAGGCCGGCAACGACGCCUACCUCAAGUCCUCGCUCGAGGCGGCCGCGGAGCACUACACCCUCGGCACCAGGGACAUCACCUUCCUCACCAACCGCGCCGCCGCCUACUUCCGCGUUGGCAAGGUCUCUCCGUACGAGGAGUGCGUGAGGGACUGCGACGAGGCCGUGAACCGCGGCAGGGAGCUCAGCUCCGGCAGCGAGCUCAUCGCGAAGGCGCUGUUUCAGAAGGCGUCGGCGCUGCUCGAGCUCGCGUGCUGCGCCGCGGAUUACACGCCGGCGAUAAGGGCCCUCAAGCUGUCGCUGGCCGAAAAUUACAGCGAGGAGACGCUCGAGAAGCUCAACGAGGCGGAGAGCGUGAGGAAGGAGGUUGAGGAACAGGAGCGCUUGGAUCAGGAGGCCGCCAACCAAUACCGCGAGAAAGGCAAUGAAUUUUUCAGGCAGAAGAAAUACCAUGAAGCAGCAAUACACUACACACGAGCUACGAAAAUGAACCCAAAGGAUCCAAGAGCAUUUAGCAACAGAGCUCAAUGCCACAUCCAUCUGGGAGCCUUUCCUCAAGGUCUUGAGGAUGCAGAGAAAUGUAUUGAACUAGAUCCAAAUUUUCUAAAGGGCUAUAUGCGUAAAGCUAAAGUCCAGUUCCUGAUGGAAAGUUAUGAAAAUGCUUUGGCAACUUACCUAGAGGGCUUGAAGUGUGACCCAAAUAAUCUGGAGGUUCUUGAUGGCUUAAGAAGAUGUACAGCAUGCAUUAAGGGGUCUAAUGCAGGUGAUGUUGAGCUUGAGGAUUUGAAAUAUGUUGACAUUGAGGAACUGAAAUAUUUCUCGGGUGAUGGUCCAAACACUGGACACCAGCAGAGGAGCAAUGGGGUGUCUGCCAGCAGAGUGGUGACUUCUCGGUGUCAAUGCAACACCAAGGACAUCGACGAGUCAUCCGCCGAGAGGCUGUAUGACGCGAUGAGCUACGCCAUGGCCAACAUGAUGCUGAUCCAGGUCCCAGUGCUAGGAACAACGAAGGAAUUCUAUCGAUUAUCUGACAAAGCGACUAGGAUCAGCAGAAAACUUGCAUUGAUACUGAGGAGCCACCACUCAGUUGGCAAGUAUCUCGCUGCUCCUCUGCAGGUGUCCAACAUCUGGAUUGGGAGCAAUGGCAGUGUCAAGCUAAGGGGGGUCAGUUUCACUGGUAAAGGUUUCAGCAUUGAGCAUGUGAGAGAUGACUACAAACGCUUGUCCGGGAUCCUGACAGCGUUAAUUACUAUCUCGGAUGGGGAUAGCACCAAAUUGCCUCCGGACUACGCAGAAUUCCUCCUGCUCUUGGAAUCGGACACCCUCACAAUGAAAGAUGAAUUCUUGAUUGUAAACAAUGCUGCACUGUUGCCCAUAAAAAACCGCACUGAGGUCUUCCUGAUGCUACACGAUAGAAUUGUCGAUUAUCUUGGGUGUACAGACAAAAAGAAGAAGAGAAGGAUACUCUCUAGUCUCCCCUAUAAGGAAGACUGGUUGGAUACUGCCAAGGCAAAUACAAAAAUCAACCAGUGGGUUGUCAAUGUUCAAAACGAGUACAGAAUGACUCCACAUGAUUUACUGCGUCUCAACAGAAAUGUAAGAAGCCACUUGCAUCGGUACAACGACGGCGACGACAUUGAGGAAGUUCUAUAUUGUGAAUGGCCCGAGCUGCUCAUGGUCAUGCAGAAGAUGUUGCAUUUGGAAGGUGAGCUCGAAGGCACUGACAUUCAGAACAAGUUCGGGUAG